AUGCAUCCCUGCAGCGUAGACAAGAAGGGGAGACUUGGUUCUGGACCAGACUCUCUGGAUAGACAAGAGACAGCCUAUGUUACCAGCCCACACCUGAGAAGUCCUCAGCUCCUCCCUCAUCCCUUGAGAGCUUUCUGUGGCUACUCUGACAUCAUUCCAGAGCUCUUGAAAGCCAGGAUGGAUCAGUUCUGCAAACUGCACUUUCUUUUUGGCCUGUGUCUCUUGUUGCUCUGGAUCUAUUAUCGACAACUGCAAACUCCCCAAACUGGUAAGCCACUUAUCCGCACAGACACCCACGUCCCUUGGAAGCGCACGCAGCAGCAACGCCUGGCUCAGCUGAGCGCCGCCUGCAAGAGGUACGGACUCUGGAAUUCCAGCAGCCUCCCCUUGCCCAAGCAAGUGGCCCGGCAGCUGCUGGUGGAGCCCAAUCACCACCUGCUGUACUGCGAGGUGCCCAAGGCGGGCUGCUCCAACUGGAGGCGCGUGCUGCUGCUGCUCACCCUCAACCUGAGCGGCUGGGACCCGGCCGACGUGGAGUCCGCCACCCUGCACCAGACGCGCCUCCUUCGGCGGCUCAGCUCCUUCCCGCGCCCCGAGGGUGACCUCGUGCUGCAGAACUACACCCGGGUGCUGGUCACCCGGCACCCGCUCGAGCGCCUCGUCUCCGCCUAUCGAGACAAGCUCCUGCACUCGGAGCCCUACUACAUUCAGGUAGCAAACCGCAUGCGCGCCGCCGUCCGCGGGGCCGGGGACCAGCAGAAGCAGCGCAACCUCACCUUCCCCGAGUUCGUGACUUUCGUGCUGCGCCAGGAGCCGGCCAAGCUGGACGUGCACUGGAAGCCCAUAGAGUUGCUCUGCUUGCCUUGCACCAUGCGCUACGACAUGCUCAUCCGCCACGAGAACUUGAGCUCGGAGGCGGGGCACGCGCUGAGCUUCCUGGGAAUCCCCGGCCAGGGGCUCUUCCCCUCCAUCAAGGAGCACUUGAGCGAAAGGCGCACGAACGUCGAUCUCACUCUCCACUACCUUCGGCAGCUCAGCCCCAAACAGCUGAGUGGCCUCUACAGCCUCUACUUCCUCGACUUUUCGCUCUUUGGGUACCAACCACUGAUCCCCUGACUCCCGUCGUGCCCUGGAUGGGAGCAGGAGGUUAACGGCAAUUCAGUCCGUUUCUGCUCAACGCGCCUUUGUGCAGUUCCUACACUGUGCCAAGCGCUGUGCCAAGCGGGGGGAAAUACAGACCUAAAACCAAACAGCCCCUGCCUUCAAAAAGCUUACAUGCACCUGGGUGUAAAACA